CAUUUGGAUCAGUCAACAAUUCUCCUUCGUUUGGAUCAUCAGUUUGAAUCAACUGAUCCUAAGAAAUGGUCAACUACUGCCAGUGUUAAACUAAAAGAUCUGUUUGUUGAUACGUACAUUGAACGUUACCAUUGAAACCAAGAAACUGACAUAACACUUCUCUCUUCUUUUACACAGCUAUGCAGUUGUUGCUUUUAUACAUUUGGUACAUUCUUAUGUUGUGUUUGCUGUAAUUACAUACUAACAUACUCUAUUAAUGGGUAUCAUAUCAUUUUUAGCAUGUUAUUAUGAUAUACAGUAGUUCCCCUUUAAGGGAUCUGCCCUCAAAUGUGGUUUAGGGGGAGUACUACUGUACCAUCCUGUACAGAUGUUUAUCAGUACAUGAUAUCUCGAGGCCACAAUCAAUAGAUAUGAUUUUAAUUUGGAUAAAUUUAAAUGGAAAGAAACCGAAAAGAUACUCUUGUCAAUGUGGAGAAGUGAUGGUAGCUUCACUUAAAAAACAUUUUAAAGAUGAUGGAGAUACUAUUGUUGUGCAUAAUGGAAAGACAUUAUCUGAUAAAAAAACAGUACCAGCCUCAGAUACAAGUAAAGAUAAUCCUGUGUACAUCUUUAAAGAAAUUACUGUGAAAGUGUGUUAUGAAAUUUCGUUUAAAGCAAUUUCUAAACAAGAAGUUGUUGCUGGCAAUACAACAGUUAAAGGUCUUAUAAAAUUGUUAUUUCCACAAAUGCCCGAUCAUUUUAUAGGUCCAACCGAGGGUCCAAUGUAUAUUUCUGCUUCAUAUGGUGGGAAAGAAGUUAAUAUCAAGGAUAAGCUUGCUUUAAAGAGUAUUGGUCAGAAAAAUAAGUACUACUACCACAUCAGAAGCUGUGUAGCAAGGUUACCUUUAGUUAAACGGAUUGAACUCAUGAAUUACUUUGUCGAUAAACCCACAACAGAAGGAAAUCUAGUAUUGAAUCCAGAAAAAAGGUUGUGUCUUAACUUUUUAAUGCCAAUAUGCGAUCACCGAGAAGGCAGGGUUGGUGAUGAUGUUACAUUAUAUUAUCCAGGAUUCCAGAAAUUCAUUGACAGAGUCAAGGGUGCACAUACUCUUGGUGAUGAGAUGACGCUAACUAAAGAAGAUUGCAAAUUAGCAUCCAGCAUGUGCAGUAAAAUGGCUGAAUACAUGACAAGAAAGAGUGAAAAAUCGGGUAGAAAUGAAGGAGAGCUACAAAGAUCGGAAAUAUUUCAAGAAUUACUGAAAAAUUAUUUAGGCAUAGAUUUAAGUUACAAUUUCAUCACUGCUGUAACAGGAUAUUCUAUGGCUGAUUUAAUAAUUAACCCUUGUCAAUGUGUACAAGUAGAAGUUAAAAAUGAGCAAGAAUCGAGUAAUACUAACAGUCAUGCACAAAUUACUGCCUACUACAUAAAAUCAUUGAAAGAAGAAUCAGAUUCUAAGCUGAAAAAUUUGGAACAUAAGCAUCCAGAUAGAUGUCCAGCACCAGGGUAUCUCCUAGAAUUAGUCGGUGAAUGGUUACACAUAUCAGGUGCUGUGUAUGGGGAAUAUGUAUUUGUUGAUAAACUAGUUGAUCCCAUUCAGCUCGUAUCUCCAAAUGAAGAAAAAAUCGCUCGAGUAUUUAAAGCAUUGAAAUAUGCCAUUAAAGAAAUAAAGAAGUAUUAUGAAAAUGCUACUACUUUAAGGCAGCCAAGAUUUCCUCCUAUUUUGCAAUCUAAGCUUCAAUAUCAAAAAAGAAUGAAGCGUCACAUGUUCAAAGGCAUCUUCACAUAUAACGAUGGUAAAGAGGUUGAUGUAAUCAUCAAGUUCACCAAGAAAUACUGCCGUGAAGCACAUGUUCGAAUGUACGAAGAAGGAUUUGCACCUAAACUAAUCCACUAUCGGGAGAAAGUGAGAGGAACUGAAUACACAGCAGUUGUCAUGGAGUACAUAAAAAAUGCUAAGCCUCUAAAUAAAUUAUUCUUAAAACAUUAUCUCGAACAAUUUCCAGAUCCAGGAGAAAAAGAAGAGGAACUUCUGAGCCUUAAGCAUUACUGUAAAGAAGUUCUACUGAAAACAAUGCAUAAAGAUCUUAAACUCUGUCAUGGCAAAAUAAAGUCAAGCAGCAUAAUUGUUCAAAAAAUAGACGAUGAACAUUGCAUCUUUUUAGUUAAUUAUGAGUGGGCAGGAAAGAUAGGAGAAGCAAGGUACCCAUCAUUUUUGCGUGUAGCAGAUAUUCAAGAUGGAAUUGAACCUAAAGGUCCUAUCACACCAGAACAAGAUGAGGCACAAUUAGAUAAUAUUUUUUAACUAGCACACUCUUUAAAAUAGACUAUUAUACCUGGUUACUUGUUAAUUUUGUAAUUAACACCAAAUACACUAUUAUA